GAGAGAGAGUUUUUUUUUUUUUUUUUUUCGGGGUGAAAAGACUGCAACGACCUGCGCUUGACUCGACGUCGUUCCAUCUCUCCCGUCUCGCGAGAAUCUUGGACCAAGUAGCACAGAACAGACAUAAUGGCUGGUCGCGGUGGUUUUGGCGGUGGCAUGAUGCCGCAACCGGGCAUCAUCCUUCUGCGCGAGGGCACGGACACGAGCCAGGGUAAGGGCCAGCUUAUCAGCAACAUUGGCGCUUGCCAGGUCAUUGCGGACGCUGUGCGCACCACGCUUGGCCCUCGUGGCAUGGACAAGCUCAUCAUUGACCAGCGUGGUCAGGCCACCAUCUCCAACGAUGGUGCCACCAUUGUUAGCCUCCUCGACAUUGUGCACCCCGCUGCGCGGACGUUGGUGGACAUUGCAAAGUCGCAGGACGCCGAGGUCGGCGAUGGUACCACCUCGGUCGUGCUUCUGGCUGCCGAGAUGAUGCGUCAGUGCAAGCCCUUUAUCGAGGACAACGUUCACCCGCAGAUCAUCAUCCGAGCCUUCCGGACAGCCACCUCCCUGGCUCUCGAGAAGAUCAAGGAAAUGGCUGUGGGCAUUCCCAAGGACGACAAGGAACGUCUUCGUCAGCUGCUCGAGAAGUGCGCUGCCACCACCCUCUCCUCCAAGCUUGUGGCCCGUCAAAAGGACUUUUUCAGCAAGCUCGUCGUCGAUGCCGUCCUUCUCCUGGACGAUCUCCUGCCUCUGAAGAUGAUUGGUAUCAAGAAGGUUCAGGGUGGUGCCCUCGAGGACUCGGUUCUCGUGGCUGGUGUGGCUUUUAAGAAGUCCUUCUCUUACGCUGGGUUUGAGAUGCAGCCAAAGUCAUACGAGGCGCCCAAGAUCGCCCUUCUCAAUGUCGAGCUCGAGCUCAAGAAGGAGAAGGAAAACGCAGAGGUGCGUAUUGACAAUGUCAAGGAGUACCAGGCCAUUGUGGACGCCGAAUGGGAAAUCCUCUACGACAAGCUGCGCAAGAUUGAGGCCUCGGGUGCCAAGAUUGUGCUCUCCAAGCUGCCCAUUGGCGAUGUGGCCACUCAGUGGUUUGCCGACCGCGACAUCUUCUGCGCGGGCCGUGUGGCUGAAGACGAUCUCGAUCGCACCGCCAAGGCUUGCGGUGGUCAAGUUCAGACCUCCGUCAACAACCUCUCUGACAACGUCCUGGGUACCUGCGAACACUUCCAGGAGAAGCAGGUCGGCGGCGAGCGCUACAACUUUUUCAACGGUUGUCCCAAGGCCAAGACCUGCACCAUCUUGUUGCGUGGCGGCGCGGAACAGUUUAUUGAGGAGACACAGCGUUCGCUCCACGAUGCCAUCAUGAUUGUGCGUCGUGCCAUCAAGAACGAUUCGGUUGUGGCUGGUGGCGGUGCCAUCGAGAUGGCUCUCAGCAAGUACUUGCGCGAUCACUCCCGCACCGUCUCGGGCAAGCAGCAGCUGAUCAUUGCCGCAUAUGCUAAGGCGCUCGAAAUUAUCCCCCGUCAGCUUUGCGACAACGCCGGUUUUGAUGCCACCAACAUUCUCAACAAGCUGCGUCAGCGCCACGCGGCCGGUCCCUGCUGGUAUGGUGUCGACAUUCGCUCCGAGGACAUUAGCGAUAACUACGAGUCGGCCGUCUGGGAGCCCUCAAUUGUCAAGAUCAAUGCCUUGACUGCGGCUGCCGAGGCCUCAUGCAUGAUCCUUUCCGUCGAUGAGACAGUGACUGCGGAAAAGUCACAAAUUGCUGGUGCACAAGCCCAGAUGGGUGGUCACCCCGGCAUGAUGCGUGGUCGCGGUCGUCCCAUGUAAAAAUGUUUCCCACGACUACCAACAUGACACGUGAUUUUUGACGCUGCGCCGUCCCUCCUCGUUGUGUAGCCCUUGUUGCCUACCCCAUUCAUCCACCCUUCGUGCGGGCCUGCGUCGUCCCGCCACGGGCCUGAGUGGGUGCUUGUGAUCAAGCGCCUCUUCUUGGAACCCAAUACUCGCCUUUGCUUCUACUCGCACAUCACUGUGCCCUCUCUUGAACAAUCACCAUCAAUUGAAAGACAAACAU